CUGACGCUGUGUGACAAUGGGAGUCAUCGAGUUAAGCAACAUCUGUGCCGAGUAAACACAAUAACACGCUCGCCAAAGUGACUCUACACGGGCGGGAAAGCAGCUUUUGCGAGUAACAAGAAGGAGGAAGGCUGCUGUUGAACAAAGGAUUGGCUUCGAUGGGAGCUUUCAGCCGCCAGAAGUUUUUCCAGGAGCUCGCUCAUGGCUGCCUGUUGCCGACAGCCCAGCAGGGCCUGGAGCAGGUGUGGCAGCUGCUGCUUAUCUGCCUGCUGUGUCGCCUUCUCUGGAUGUUCGGCCUCCCCUCUAUUGUAAAGCACCUCGCCAUGGUGGUGGGAGGUUUCUAUGUCCUUUAUCUGUUUUUCGAGCUGCACAUGAUCUGGGUGGUCCUCCUCAGCCUCCUCUGCUACCUCUUCCUCUUCCUGUGUCGCCACUCGACCAUGCGAGGCACAUUUCUUUCCAUCACUGUGCUCAUUUACUUGCUGCUGGGAGAACUACACAUGAUGGACACCACCAACUGGCACAAGAUGAGAGGUUCACAGAUGGUGGUGGCCAUGAAAGCCAUCUCUCUGGCCUUCGAUCUGGAUAGAGGUGUCGUGGACAGUGUACCCUCACCCAUUGAAUUCAUGGGUUACAUUUACUUUGUUGGAACAGUCAUCUUCGGCCCGUGGAUCAGCUUCAAUUGCUACAAAGAGGCUUUAGACGGGCGUAGGAUUAGCUUUUCAUGGUUAUUUAAAGUGUCUUUUAGCUGGCUUAAAAGUCAGAUCUGCCUCGUUCUUUCCAAUUGUGUGGCUCCUUACCUCUUCCCUUAUUUCAUCCCUGUCUAUGGAGAAAAACUACUGAGAAGCAAAAAAAGGAGAAAAAUCAGAGAUACCAUAGCAAAGUGGUUACUGGCGUAUGAAAACACAAUGUCUUUCCACUUCAGCAACUAUUUUGUUGCUUACCUGAGCGAGACCACAGCCACACUAGCUGGGGUGGGUUUCACUGAAGAGAAAGAAAACCUCAAAUGGGAUCUGGCAGUGUCAAAGCCACUGAACGUUGAGUUUCCCCGCUCAAUGGUAGAAGUGGUCACUUCAUGGAAUCUGCCCAUGUCACGCUUUCUGCACACAUAUGUGUUUCAGAGUGCUGUCAAAUUUGGGACUUUCUCUGCCAUCAUGGUGACAUAUGCUGCCAGCGCCCUUCUGCACGGUCUGAGUUUUCAUCUCGGUGCUGUGCUGAUGUCCCUGGGCUUUAUCACCUACAUUGAGCACGUGCUGCGGAAGAGACUAGCAGACAUUUUUAAUGCCUGUAUCCUGUCCAAGAAAUGUCAGCCAAACUGCAGCCACCGGAACAAAAAGGUGCUAUGGGUGCACAUAAUCAACAUAGCAUUCAGCGCUCUGGCAAUACUACAUCUGACAUACCUGGGUUCAGUGUUUAAUUCCAGUGUUGACUACAUGGAGGAGGAUGAGGAUGACAUAACCCACCAUACCAUUCAGAAGUGGUCCGAUCUGAGCUGGACAAGCCACUGGGUCACAUUUGGAUGUUGGAUAAUGUACCGCCUCAUUCUUUAAAACUGAGAAAGAGCGAAAGAAGCAAUAAUGUGAUUUUUUUUUCUCCUCUGUGACUGUAAAGUACAUCAGGGUGGGGAGAACUAUAGUCAAUACGCAGAUUAGUGUCAUCCUGACCUGCUGGGGACUCCUUUUGAUAUACACGCCGCUCUCCUUCCUCUUUUCCUCUCGAUGGCAUCCUCUUUUUUCCAAUCUGAGACACUGCAGUCAUCAAGCUCUCAUGUUGUGACAGCCGUUUCUGAUGUCUCCCUGCGAGUCACAAUCAAUACCUAUCAGCAUGGUGGAAAUCUGCUCCUUCUUUCUGACGAUUGAGCCGUUAUCUCGCCUUCAGAGGCUACUGUGCCAUUUUCCUUCACCUCAAAUGUUUCAUAAUCUUCUAUUUGCCAUGUCUCAAUUAGGAGUCUGACAUUGUACAAUGUUCUUAUGUUCAGUGCUUCCUAAAUCACAAGUGUUUUCAGCAGCAGACUUGUGAGUUUACAUUAGGAUGAGAGCACAGAAUAUAUAUAGUCCAAUAUUUAUUGUGUAUCUGUAGAUUAUUUUCAUACUUUAUGAGUUAAAAUGGUUUUCCAAAGCCUAAAAUGACACCCUGAAAUGAAUUAUUACAUACAGUAGUAUUAAAGGCCUACUGAAAUGCAAUUUUCUUAUUUAAACGGGGAUAGCAGGUCCAUUCUAUGUGUCAUACUUGAUCAUUUCGCGAUAUUGCAAUAGUUUUGCUGAAAGGAUUUAGUAGAGAACAUCGACGAUAAAGUUCGCAACUUUUGGUCGCUGAUAAAAAAGCCUUGCCUGUACCGGAAGUAGCAGACGAGUGACGUGACGUCACAGGUUGUGGAGCUCCUCACAUCUGCACAUUGUUUACAAUCAUGGCCACCAGCAGCGAGAGUCAUUCGGACCGAGAAAGCGACAAUUUCCCCAUUAAUUUGAGCGAGGAUGAAAGAUUCGUGGAUGAGGAAAGUGAGAGUGAAGGACUAGAGGGCAGUGGGAGCGAUUCAGAUAGGGAAGAUGCUGUGAGAGGCGGGUGGGACCUGAUAUUCAGCUGGGAAUGACUAAAACAGUAAAUAAACACAAGACAUAUAUAUACUCUAUUAGCCACAACACAACCAGGCUUAUAUUUAAUAUGCCACAAAUUAAUACCACAUAACAAACACCUCCCCUGUCCCGUCCAUAUAACCCGCCAAUACAACUCAAACACCUGCACAACACACUCAAUCCCACAGCCCAAAGUACCGUUCACCUCCCCAAAGUCCCCAAAGUUACGUACGUGACAUGCACAUAGCGGCACGCACGUACGGGCAAGCGAUCAAAUGUUUGGAAGCCGCAGCUGCAUGCGUACUCACGGUACCGCGUCUGCGCAUCCAACUCAAAGUCCUCCUGGUAAGAGUCUCUGUUGUCCCAGUUCUCCACAGGCCAAUGGUAAAGCUCGACUGUCAUCUUCCGGGAAUGUAAACAAUGAAACACCGGCUGUGUUUGUUUUGCUGCAGUCGGCCGCAAUACAGCGCUUCCCACCUACAGCUUUCUUCUUUGCUGUCUCCAUUGUUCAUUGAACAAAUUGCAAAAGAUUCACCAGCACAGAUGUCCAGAAUACUGUGGAAUUUUGCGAUGAAAACAGACGACUUAAUAGCUGGCCACCAUGCUGUCCCAAAAUGUCCUCCACAAUCCGUGACGUCACGCGCUGACGUCAUCAUACGAGACGUUUUCAGCAGGAUAUUUCGCGCAAAAUUUAAAAUUGCACUUUAGUAAGCUAACCCGGUCGUAUUGGCAUGUGUUGCAAUGUUUAGAUUUCAUCAUUGAUAUAUAAAAUAUCAGACUGUGGUCGGUAGUAGUGGGUUUCAGUAGGCCUUUAAACCAAACGGUAAUACUGAUUUGUCUUUUUCAAAUGGAGUUAAAAGUUUGUAAUCUUCUUUUGUAAUUUUUACAUUUAGAAAGUCAAUCAGGAAAUGUAUGUAUCGUGGUGAAAUUUAGUAAUGUUUUUUUUAAAUACAUUUGGGCAUGUCCGACCGGUAGGAGGCCACGAGGAAGACCCAGGACACGUUGGGAAGACUAUGUCUCCCGGCUGGCCUGGGAACGCCUCGGGAUCCCCCGGGAGGAGCUGGACGAAGUGGCUGGGGAGAGGGAAGUCUGGGCUUCCUGCUUAGGCUGCUGCCCCCGCGACCCGACCUCGGAUAAGCGGAAGAAGAUGGAUGGAUGGAUGGAUUUCAAAUACAGUGGUACUUUGGAUUUUGUUAGUAAUCCGUUCCAAAGGGUUAGUUAGUUUUUCCUUUUUUAUCAAGUUUCUUUAGUCCCAUGGUGGGUUAUUUUGCAGUUGUACCCAAAAAAGCCCAGCGACUGCAGUUGUACUCAAAAAAGCACAGUGACUGAGAGUCACCUGAUCUUUUUCUGGCCAUUUGAUUCCACGGAAGGCUGUGCAGGCAAAAACUAGUUUAGUGAACAUUUUUAUCAAAAAACUAAUCAUAGAAAAAGUAGAGCAUAUGACAAACUGAGGUUUCACUGUACUCUUCAUAUUAAAAAACAUUUGAAUCAGGGUAUGGCACAUUAUUUUUAAACCCCCCGAUUUGAUUUAUAUGUAGUGCCGUCAAAUGAUUAAAAUAUUUGAAUCAGAUUAAUCACAAUUUUGAAUUUGGGUUAAUCAUGGUUAAUCACGUUAUCACUCGCUUGCAUAAUUUCAAAAAACUCUAAAAAUAUUUUAUUGUCAAAAUGUCAUACAGGAACAUUUUAAAGUGUUUUACUUGAAUGCACUUAAUUUAUUUGCUAAAAAUGUUGUAACAGUUGUAUCUAAAGUCCCGUCAGCGUUUAUUUCAGAGUGAAAUUUGCCAGCAAGAACACCAGUCAGUCUCCUCGCUCAUCUUUGCACCGACGUAUGCAUUGACAUGAUCACUGACCUUAUAUCAACCCUCAGCCUUUCCGGUAACCAUCUGCGGUUAUGGCAAAAAACAUGUACGGUCAAAAUAAAUUGUGCCAUUAAUCUGUGUAUCCACAUGAUUCAUGCGAUAUUUGUUGUGAUUAAUUUGUUAUUUUUGACAGACAUAUUUAUAUGUCAAAUUAGUUUUAAUAUACAGCCUGUCAUGUUGUGACUGUAUCCUGCAUAUACUGUAUGCUGUACUCUGCACUACAAGUGAUCACCUGAAGAAAUGAAAUGACCUGUUUUGUCAGACUAGGUUUAACAGUCUCUGUAUUUGUGACGUCAAAAGGAUUUGCAUCCUGACGAGCUUGCAAAGUGUUAGAUCAGAGCCUGAGUGUUCAGUCUCUGUACAACGAAACCCUAUUAAAGUAUUUUCAGUAUGAAUAUUGUUCCUGUAAAUGUGAAUUCACUGACACACCUGUGAUCAUUGUUUUAUAAAAAUUUUACAUGAACCCUGGUUUAUUGUGUUCUUUUAAGUAUAUACAUUUAUACAGCUGUUAGAAAGCACUGUCAGCAUGAAAUAGUAGUGACACACACACACACACUGGACUGAUGUAAGAAAGAGUUUAUUUGAAUAUUUGUAUUAUUUACAAGGAAAAUGUAAGGAUUGUUAAACAGUCAAUUAAAUUGGGAUAGAAUGACAC